AUGGGGUGCAGCAGCUCCCAGCGCCUCUUCCACGUGCUCUGCAUCCUCUCCGUGCUGGCCGGACACCUGCCCUUUGCUACAGCCCAGUGGUUUUACCCUCUGGGCUUGGAGGACACCACCCCAGAUCCGAGCACCAGCCCCACAGCACCCACCCUGGAUGGCGAAGAAGACAGAGAUGCUGACAGAGCGGAGCCCACGCAGAAGGUGCUGCUGAACAAACCGCCGCUGGCAACAGCCCCCAGACGCCGGGAACCCCUCGCCAGGGGGGCAGCGAAGGACCCAGGCCAUGCUCGGCUGCGCAUGCGAGGCCAGCACCGACCCACAGCUGCCCCGAAGAUCUUUGAGGGGAGCGCAGAGGAAGAGGAGUUCCUGCAGAUCAAGACGACGGCGAUGGUGCUGCCCCAGCGGGUACCACUGACCCCAGAGACAGACCCUGUUCUCCAGAUCCGCAACGGCUCCGGCUGUGUGUGCCCCGCGCGCCCUGGCCCCCCUGGUCCAAAGGGAGAGAAAGGUGACCGAGGGUACCCAGGAGAGAGAGGCCAGCCUGGACUUUCUGGGGAGAAAGGGAAGACUGGCAGCCCAGGACAGCCAGGUCACCAGGGUCCUCGGGGACCCCCAGGUCCUCCAGGACCACCAGGGCCCCCGGGACCACCAGGCACUGGUGGAGCCAGGAGCCCCCCUGUGCCUGCCGCCCUCCCCAGGGGAUCAGAGAAUGAGCUGGGAGCAUCCAGCCCUGCAGGGAACCCAGGACCCCCAGGUCCCCCCGGGCUGCCCGGACCCCCUGGCUACCCAGGCCAUGAAGGUCCCCAGGGCCCACCCGGGCGGGAGGGGCAGCCGGGACCCCCUGGCCCACCGGGGGCUGUGGGACCACCUGGUUUCCCUGGGCCUGAAGGACUUCCAGGGUCUCCAGGCUCUGCUGGACCAGAUGGACCCCCAGGGGCACCAGGGCUCCCAGGGUCACAAGGUCCCCCCGGAGCACCUGGGCACAAAGGACCCCCAGGUCCUGCAGGACCUGCAUCACUCCCUGGCAAACCAGGACUCCGAGGGGAGCCAGGAUUCCCUGGACCAAAGGGUGAGAAGGGCGAACAUGGACUGCCGGGCGUGCCGGGGAGCCCUGGACGGACUGGAGAGACGGGUGCUCCAGGUAUGCCUGGUCCCAUGGGGCCACCAGGACCACCAGGGGACUACAGGUGUGACUCACGCCAUGCAGGACACCAGGGAUCAGCUGGGCCACCAGGACCCAAGGGAGAAAAGGGUGACCCCGGAGAGCCGGGGUGCUGCUACGGGGAACACGGAUGCAAACCAGGCCACCACCCCUUCCCCAGCACUGGCAGCCAGUCUGGCUCCUGGGUGCCCAUGAGCGGGUACCGAACGGGUAGCAAAGAAGAACCGGAGAUUUACGGAGCGAUAAUCCCCCAUGGUCUUCGAGGUCCCCCCGGGAACCCUGGACCCCCCGGACCUCCCGGCCCCCCAGGAGCACCAGGUCUCCUCUACCUCAAUAGGGUUUACCCCAUCCGUCCCCAGACACCCUGCAAGCAGCCGGGAGCUGCCAAUGCAGCCUGGACAGCAGAUGCUGACAUCCCUCAGAUGGAGCUGCCGGACUCCCAUGCUGAUCUCCAGCGCCAGACGUGGGUCUUCAGGUCCAAGGAGGUGAUGCUGAAGUCGGGCAGAGCCAUUCCCGAGGGGACCUUGGUCUACGUGCGGGAAGGAAGCAGUGCCUUCCUCCGGACCCCCACCGGCUGGAGCCGCAUUCUGCUGGAGGAUUCAGAGUCCUUCCUCGCUGGUGAUGAUCCCUCUGCUUCCACCCCACAGUACCAGGAGGCAAAGCGGGUGCAGACGAGAGGUCCCAACACGAGGGCGACCACGCUGGCCCCAGUGGACUCGUUGGUCCAGAAGGAUGAGAGGCAAGGGCUGCCCCAGAUCCUGCCAACCGCUGUCGCCCCACGGAUCCCAUCACUCCGUCUGGCCGCCCUGAACGUGCCCCUUGCCGGUGACAUGAGUGGAAUCCGCGGCGCCGACCUGCAGUGCUACCGCCAGUCCCAAGAGGCUCGGCUCUACGGCACCUUCCGGGCAUUCCUGUCAGCCCCAACCCAGGACCUGGUCUCCAUCGUCAAGAGGACAGACAGGACUCUCCCCAUCGUCAACCUGAAGGGCCAACUGUUGGCGAAGUCCUGGAGCUCCCUUUUUGAGGGCCAGGCUGGUGCCACCCCACGGAGCCCCAUCUACUCCUUCAACGGGCACAACGUCCUGACGGAUCCUCUCUGGCCUCGCCGGCUGGCCUGGCACGGAUCCACACUGCGCGGCGGCCAAGCUCGCCGGAGAGAUUGCCAGGGCUGGCGCAGCUCCGGCCCCGGCGAGGGUCUGGCCACGCGGCUGGGUGAAGGCCGGCUGCUGGCCGGGCAGCGGCACAACUGCUCCGAGGCGCUGGUGGUGCUCUGUGUGGAGGUUGCCUUUCCGUAUCGGCACAUGUGGUGAUCCCGGCACCAGUGAAUCCCAGCCCUGUGCCAUCCUGUGAGGCCAAGGAAAACAGCGCUGGGAGUCCCAGGGGCAGCGCAGAAGGGAGAAAUACAUCCUUGGAGCUAUGCAGGAGCACCGAGGGGAUGCUGACCCCAUGGCCGGACUGGGCCGCACUCAUUCCCGGCUGUGCCAUCGCCACCGAUCCCUGUGCUGCCGGGUGACAGGGCCAUGCCAGGUUCUGCCCAGCCGCAUUCCUGCACCUCCAGCAAAACCAACACUCUCCCUGCUUCAGAAAUAAAGAC